UGGACCGGUUCCACCACCACCACCCUCCUUCCUUCCUUCCUUCCCCUUCUCUCUCUCUCUCUCCCCCUCCCUCCGAUCUCGCCGCGUCCGUGUCCCCUCGCCGCCGCAGCCAGCGUCGAGGGCUCGGCGACCGGAGGAGGAGAGGCCGGAACCCGCCGCCGCCGCCGCCGCCUCCGCCUGUAGCGAGAUCGCUCGAUCCGGUUCGCCUCCCGCGCGCCAGUCCGCCAGCCCAGUUCGAUCCGUUGAGGGGGAGGGGACGCUCUAGUGUGGGGAUUGGGGGAAUCGAUGGCGGCGCCGCCGGCGAGGGCUCGGGCCGACUACGAUUACCUCAUCAAGCUGCUCCUCAUCGGCGACAGCGGUGUUGGGAAAAGUUGUCUCCUCCUACGGUUCUCUGAUGGUUCCUUCACCACCAGUUUUAUUACCACCAUCGGGAUUGAUUUCAAAAUAAGAACAAUCGAACUGGAUGGUAAACGGAUUAAACUUCAAAUCUGGGAUACAGCUGGUCAAGAACGUUUCCGAACUAUUACAACUGCCUACUACAGGGGAGCAAUGGGUAUUUUGCUUGUUUAUGAUGUCACCGACGAGUCAUCAUUUAAUAAUAUAAGAAACUGGAUUAGGAACAUAGAGCAACAUGCUUCCGAUAAUGUGAACAAGAUUUUGGUAGGCAACAAAGCUGACAUGGAUGAAAGCAAAAGGGCCGUACCAACUUCAAAGGGGCAAGCACUUGCUGAUGAAUAUGGCAUCAAGUUCUUUGAAACGAGUGCAAAGACAAACCUGAAUGUCGAGCAGGUUUUCUUUUCAAUAGCAAGGGAUAUUAAGCAAAGACUUGCGGAGACUGAUUCCAAGACUGAGGAUCGCACGAUCAAGAUCAACAAACCAGAGGGUGAUGCUGAGGCCACAACUUUGCAGAAAUCUGCAUGCUGUGGAUCGUGAGUGUUAUGUUGUCGGAUGGAAGAUAAAAUAGUGAUCAUAGUAUCAUACAACGCUUGUAACUUUUAUCCUUUGCCUUUCUUGUGACCUAUCCUCGUGCCUCCUUUACGUUAAAAUUGCAAUUGCUGGUAUUCGGACUUCUGUGUUCAGUUGUGACUUACACUGGUAAAAAAAAGUAACUUUGCUGUAGCACAAUAAGAUUGGUGGAGCUGAUGUUACGGUUUCCAGAAGUUGUCCAUCAGGAGACUACUGGGUAGCCAUUUCAGUUCAGUUAUUAUAGGAGUAAAGGGCAGGGCAUGCAAUUCUUUCGACCAUUA